AGAGUUCCCGAAUAUACGCGAAGAGAGCCGAAUUGAAUUCGAUCAAGAAAUGGGUUGGGUGUGGAAGGACGACGACGAACAAGGAGGCCACGUUAAUCCAUCAGCGGCUGACAUCAGCCCCAGAUUGGACGGCGACCGGUGCUCCACGAGAAAGGUGGUGAGGACGCAGUGCAAGACGGAGGAGGUGGAGCCCGGAAAGUUCAUCAGAAAGUGCGAGAAGACCGAGGAGGUUCUCCGCGACUGCGUUGGCCGGCCCAUUGAAGUGGUACAAUCCAACAAAGAGUACACUGAAGAUGAUGUCACAGACCAGGUGAUGAAAGGGUCUGUGUCCUUUGGGUCAGCAGACAAUGGAGCAUUUAACUUCCCUGGACUACAGCAUGAUAUCGAUGAAAUUGAACACAACUUCUUAGGAGGGCUCAGCCGAUUUUUUGAAGCUGCUGAGGAUAUGAAGAAUGGAUUCUUCAGUUCAUUUGGCAUUCCACACAUCUUUGAUGAGGGACCCUCUACUUCACUACCAUCUCCGAGGAGAGAGAUACCUAUUGACAGCCCUCGUCAGCUGGAAGCUUUUCAAAAAGCAUAUGGCACAAAGUCUGGGGAGGUUGAUCUUUCUGGGUUGGCAAGAGAUGUUUGAGUAAUGUCCCUGCAGAGCACUUUUAGAUUGUCGGGUGAUCUGUAGAGAGAAUCACUAUGUUUACUUCUGGUGAUCGUAUCCUACUUAUUCGUAUCCUAGAUUUCAGUUCUACUUAAUAUAGGGGUACAUGCUUAUAAGAGUGGAUUUUCUGUGAGUGUCUGACUACAAUCCCAUUUGCAGUAGUUUACAUGUGUUAAGCUAUUUCAUGGUUUUGGGAGGAUUAAGGGUUGUUGUAUGUAUUUGAACUUUCGAAUCUGCUCACUAGAGGAUAUAAUUACUUAACGAGUACACUUGAUUCUCUUGUUAUAUCCA